GCUAGCUAUAUGCAUACUUGCAUGGAAGGAGGUGGCCAAUUGGGGACUUGUCUUCCGAAUUUCUUUCUUUUGCCAGAUCACCAUAGUAUGCCUCUUCCUCCUCCACUUCAACUACCGUGCCAUCCUAAGCUACUCCAGAUGCCAUUCGACGAAGAGGACGAUCAGCCAGGAAUCCAUGGCGUGAUGCUCUCUUCCGACCACUGUGGGCUGUACCCUCUGCCGGCGCUUCCGUUAGGCAACUCCGGCGCCGCCGCCGCCACCGCAACCAUCGCAUUAGGGAAGAGUACUGCCGCCGCCGGCUCCAUGCCCAAUAUUGGCGGAGCUGAGGAGGUGGCCACCUCUGUAACCAAAGCAGGAAAUGAGAGCACUACAUGCAAUGGCUCCAAUACAUGGUGGAGGGGCACGACGAUGGCGGCGAUGGGGGAGAAGGGGAAGAUGAAGAUCAGGAGGAAGAUGAGGGAGCCGAGGUUCUGCUUCCAGACCAGAAGUGAAGUGGAUGUGCUGGAUGAUGGUUACAAGUGGAGAAAGUACGGCCAGAAGGUUGUGAAGAAUAGUCUCCAUCCUAGGAGCUACUUCAGGUGCACGCACAGCAACUGCCGCGUGAAGAAGCGGGUGGAGCGGCUGUCGACGGACUGCCGCAUGGUGAUCACCACCUACGAGGGCCGCCACACGCACUCCCCCUGCGACGACACCGCCUCCGGCGAGCACACCAACUGCUUCAGCUCCUUCUGAAUUAUUCCAUGGUUAUAUACUAGCUACGACGUACGCACGUACAUUGUCUCUCCUUGUUUUCUGACCGUGAUUAUUCCAUCCGUCCAGAUAUAUCAGAUCAUAUAUACCUAUAUGUACACCGUGCGUACGUCUGAUUAACUGGCUAGAGUAGCUCUUUCUUUUUGAUGUCUGAGAUAUAUAGGACGCGCCGUAAUAUUGAGCCAUGCCUGUACAAUGUACUACUACUGCUAUAAUACGGGACUGUGUGCACGCAUGCAUGUACAAUGUACAAGCAGUCAAUAAAUUAAGCCAUG